AUGGAGAAGAUUUUGAUCAUCAACGUCACAUGCAAUCCACCCAGUAUUUCCAUCAUUGGACCCGUAAAGGAGAGUACCAUUGAGAAACUUAACGAGGUGUUGCCAGGGUCGUGUACUACUACAAACACUGGUAAGGUUCCUUUCGGUUUUGUACGACGCGAGGAACCACCGCACUGGUAUGGUGAACUGCAUACACAGUUUGCCAGUGAAGAUAUUGGACAGUCACAACUCUUCAUUGCGCUUCUUGAUGCAAUUGAAGAGGAAGGUGGGUGGAGAUUGUGCGGUUGUAACGCUCUUAAUCACGAUUUUGAAAAGGUUACACAUAAACUCUUCUUUGUCCGUGCAUAG